AUGGUGGAUGACAUAGUCAUGGAUGAAGUAUCGACUGGAUCAGACUCUGACUACUCCAAGAUCCUAGUUCGGUACAUCGAUUGGAUUUCCUGGUUCCUGUCCUCCAAGGGCAACGAGUAUUUCUGCGAAGUCGAGGAAGAUUACAUUUUGGACCGAUUCAACCUCACAGGCCUCAACACUGAGGUUCAGCACUACUCACAAGCGCUCGACCUCAUCACGGACAAUCUAGGUUCGUGCAUCCAAAGCGCAUCCGUCACAUACCAAUUGUUUCUCGUAGAGGACGACGAGGUCCAGGAUGAGUUCCGUGGCACGCUUGACAUCCAAGCUCGCUUGCUCUAUGGGCUAAUUCACGCACGAUGGAUUGUUACCUCAAGGGGCUUGGCCAAAAUGCUUGAGAAGUACAAAAAGGCCGACUUUGGUCGGUGCCCACGUGUUUUGUGCCAACAGCAACCUCUCCUACCCGUUGGACUCACGGAUGUCCCGUACGAGAAGUCGGUCAAACUGUAUUGCGGACGCUGCGAGGAUAUCUACUCUCCAAAGUCCUCCCGCCAUGGAUCAAUUGACGGUGCAUACUUCGGCACCUCAUUCCCGCACCUACUUUUCCUAGUCUACCCCACCCUUAUUCCGCCCAAGAGCGGCCCCGUUGACUUUGGACCACUGCGCGCGAGCUCGGAAGUCGAAGGCGGCAGGCGAGCUAGGAGAGCAAGGGAAGAUCAGGAGCCUCCCACAGACACUGUACCAGAGGGCUUCAGCACAGCAAGCGCUGCGCUCAAGGCGGAGCGAUAUCGUCCAAGGAUCUUUGGUUUCCAGGUGAACGAGAUUGCAAAGUUGCAGAGGUGGCAGGAGGCAAUUCGAGAGAGACAGGUAGCGAGGUUGGAGAUGCUGGAGGAGCAUGGUUUGAUGUAGAAAGACAUUCCGAUGUAACACUAAGCUUUCUCGUGUUAUUUAUGAGUUUCUGCUGUCUCCGUCGAUACUAACAUUUCGAGAAGGGAUCGAUUUGCAUCGCAGGCCCAGGCCUUCAAUAGCAGUGAUCAGUCAUCCUUGUCCUUCUGUGCAAUUUAUCAUCAAUGUCAACGUUGUGAAAUGUUUCCAGUCCAUAUUUCC